AGGCCCCUGCGACCACUGGAGUUGGGGCCUGUCCGGCUAACCCUCUGGCCGAAAGCCCACCCGCCUUCGCCAUGGCAUGCAGUUUGCAGAAGCUAUUUGCUGUGGAAGAGGAGUUUGAAGAUGAGGAUUUCUUGUCUGCUGUGGAGGAUGCAGAGAACCAGUGUGCUGGCCCAAGACCUGUGAAUGCUGGAUGCCUCAGACCUGUCCCUUCCAGGGCGCAAGAGACUGCGCAGCCACCGUCUUCUGGGCCGCUGCCAUCAUGCCGCACUGCUCCUGCCAUGGCUUCGGCCCUACCGACCCUGGGACUCAGCCUUCCUACCUCCAGCGUGCUCAGGGCCACCAGGGGCCCACCUUCCACGGGAACAAGCCCCCUCAGGCCCGUCUCAGCUUCCGGCAGCUGGCCUGGCAAUCAAAGGAGAGCGACGCCGACAGCAGCGCUCAGAGAGCCGGCCGGACUCCAGCCCUCGGCAUCUCACCCCCUGCUUACCUUUGAGAACAAACAGCAGGUGAUGGGUGGCUUUGAGGGACCUGAACAAGACGAAUUUGAUCGGGUCCUGGCAAGCAUGGAGCUGGAAGGGCCUGGCACGGAGCUGGAACUUGGAUUCAACAGCGAGGCCUCCAGAAUUCUCCCCACUGGGCAGCGGGAAGACUUAAUACUGGCUAAAAAGGCUCGGGUAGCUGACCUGAACAGAUCUUGCCGAAAGGGGCCUUUGCCUGCCACCCACAUAAUUGGUAGCAUGUCAGCCCGGGCUCCGCCUCCAGGUCCUGUCGUCUGCUGUAGGUCUCCGCAGCCCCACUUGAGACCUGGUGCCGUGGGUGACCUUCCUGUCCCAACGGCCUCCACAGUUCCUGCUCAGCAACCCCACUGGGAAGUCUGUCCCAGAGGCUCCCCACUUCGAGGACCCUCGCCUCUUCAAGCUGCUGGCAGGCCUGUUCAGAGUAGCCCUCAAAAUCGUGUCCCCAGGCAGUCAUUCCAGUCUCCGAAUGCCCACUUGAGUGGCAAACCUAAUUUUCCCCGAACUCCCAACUCAAACGAUUCUACUCCCUCCAGGACUGUCUCUGGAUUUUUCCCUCGGGGGCCCUUACAACCCCGAGUGCCAGCGUCUUCUGUUGAGUCUCCCGUCAGCACCCCCAAGGGUCCUCACUCCUCCCCGGUUCCCCAGGCAGCUCUGCAGACGCCCAUAGUCACCAACCACCUGGUUCAGCUGGUCACCGCUGCCAACCGGACACCCCAGCAGCCCACGCGCACCGCUCCGCGAGCCAAAACACGCCGCUUCCCGGGCCCUGCAGGGAUCCUACCUCACCAACACAGUGGGAAAAAUCUCGAGGAGAUCAUGGUUUCCACGCCCCACACGCCGACUCAUGGUGCUCUGGCUAAACUGGGGACAGAGGUUGUUACCAGUUCCCAGGCAUCAGUGGAGGAUGAUUUUGGGCGUGGGCCGUGGCUGACCAUGAAAUCUGCUCUGGGCCUGGAUGAGAGAGACCCCACCUGCUUCCUCUGUACCUACAGCAUCGUCAUGGUGCUGCGGAAGGCAGCCCUGAAGCAGCUUCCCAGGAACAAGGUCCCCAACAUGGCAGUGAUGAUCAAGUCCCUGACUCGGAGCACGAUGGAUGCCAGUGUGGUUUUCAAGGACCCCACGGGAGAGAUGCAGGGCACGGUGCACCGACUGCUGCUUGAGACACGCCAGAAUGAGCUGAAGCCUGGCUCCGUGCUGCUGCUGAAGCAGAUUGGAGUAUUUUCUCCUUCCCUCCGAAACCACUACCUCAACGUGACGCCCAACAACCUGGUCCAUAUUUACAGCCCAGAUUCUGGGGAUGGGAACGUCCUCACGCUGCCUCAGCCCUUCCCCAAGGAUCCAGGUAGCUUCCAUGGCGGCCUCCAGCAUGAGACGGCGAAGCCCGGGGAGGACUUCAGAACAGCACGGGACCCAGAGGCAGGCACAUCCCCCGAAGAAGAACUCCCAGAAGCAGAUGACCUGGAUGGGCUCCUGAGUGAGCUCCCCGAGGACUUCUUCUGCGGGAGCAGCAGCUGGGACCGCCCCGAGGCAGGGCACCCGCCGUGA